GAUUAGAACAAGGAAUGCAGUAUUCUACAGAUUUCUUGGGCAUGGCAGCUGUGAAGACCUACAAUGGCAGUGUGUCAUCCCAGUGUAUACUUGGACUGUUAAAACAGCUUUUACAAUUAAAAAUGCAUUUCUAACCUCUAGAUGUGUAAGAUACUUUCGUUUGCUACAGAGAAAACGACCAGAGGAUCACAGGCUGAAUUUCAAUUAGGCUGCAUUUUAUGACUUCAGGAUUGGUAGUGCGUUCUUGGUUGCUAAAUAGAGCGCGACAUAAAGGGUACCCUAAGCUGGCGCUUAUGUUUGGCAAGGAUGACAAGGGAAGCAGUGGGGUCUCACUUGGUGGUGUGGAUUCUUGAUUCCUAGAACAAAUCAUGGUGAGAACAAUUCAUUUAACAUGCUGCAUGCUUGGCUUGCGAUUUGAGUUAAAGGAGAUCUUUUUACUGAAGAACCUUUAACUGCGACACUUAGCGAGACUGGCCACCCCAGAGCUAUCCCCACACAAUGUAAAUAAUAUUCCUGUUGCCCCUGGAGGCAAGUCGGCAGCCUCUGAAAAUUAUUAUAUUGAGUACUGGAGUGUAAUCUGGCUCUUGUCCUUAACCCUCCCAAACACUCCCCAUUUUGGAGACGUGUUUUAACACCGUAGGCUGCCUUUUUCACGUGUUUUAUGUUUAGCUUAUACCUCAGACAGGUUCCCCCAUAAUAAUAUGCUGAAGUUUCGGUACUAAGUGGCUUGAAUGUGAUGCCUAGAAGUCGGCACUCUUGAAGUACACUGGAUGAGGCUCAGGCAUCACAGGCUGCAACCUCGCUUGCCAUCCACUAAUCCCACACCUCCGGGCUCGUCAUGCCUCUUGAGGAGGUGGGCUAGUCCCUGAGAGGCGCCUCAGCCCUCUCAGUCUCUUACUCUGCUGGUACCCUAAUGAAACUGCAGCUGUAAGAAAACGCUCAGUGUGGGGAUGGAAAGGAGGGCAUGCGUAUACGCAACUCACUCCAGCAAGCAGCAGCACUCCGUAAACGAAGAUCAUUUAUUGGCAACACUCUGGUUCAGUUCGGAUAACACUCUCCUGCCUUGAUUUAAAAGCCGUUCGCGCUCAGUUAAUGGUAUAUUGACAACUGUACUUCUCGGCUGUACCUAAUUUCAGGACUACAUGCCAAGGAACCUUUCCAAGGAAGCUGAACAUAGGAAGUGCACCUUUUCGUUCGUCUGGUCCCAUUUAUGCACAAGGAGCUGAAACCAGUGGCUGACCAGCACCUGCUGAUUGCAGGUGGGUGCAGUGCAGGGCUUACCAGAGGCAGACUUGGAGCAGAGCUGAGGUUUAAAUCCCUCGCAUUGGAUGGCUUGUUUAAUACUAGCAGCCGCCUAAUUGCUUUGUAGUAAGUAUGUACUACUUCUGAAGCUGUUGGGCAAGCAGCCCUCAGGGAAGUACGCAUUGACAUUGUCCAAACUUUGCGCUGAUGGUCAUUUGCAGUAAAAGUAAACAAUCGUGUGUGGAUUGGUAGGGAGAGACUAAUCUGGAGAACUUGGGAAUUCCGUAGUAAUAAGGCGAAGCCUGAAGUCACUCUCUGUUGUAACGCGUUUCUUAUCUGAGUGGAGAAGCGACACAUUCAUCACCUGGAGCUGCAGUGAAAGGGAAAUAUGGCACUGGAAAAACUAACUUUCUUAAUGAAAGGACUGUUGAUAAUCUUUCUGAUACGGGAAGGUCUUGCCGUAGCACAAAAGACACAAGAAGGACUAAGUCUUGGAACAAAGCACAUACCAUCAACGCAGUGUGGCACUUGGGUGCGGACAAGCAACGGAGGCUAUUUUUCAUCACCUAAUUAUCCAAAUUCCUAUUCUGCAAACAAAGAGUGCAUCUACAUUAUAGAAGCUGCCCCCCGCCAAAGAAUUGAAUUGUCAUUUGAUGAUCCAUAUUAUGUAGAACCUUCAUUUGAAUGUCGGUUUGAUCACUUGGAGAUUCGAGAUGGACCAUUUGGAUUUUCACCUUUAACUGACCGUUACUGUGGUCCAAAAAAGCCAGCAACAAUUCGUUCAACAGGAAGAUUUAUGUGGAUCAAGUUUUUCUCUGAUGAAGAACUAGAAGGGAUUGGAUUUCGAGCCAAAUACUCUUUCAUACCAGAUCCAGACUUCACAUACUUGGGAGGUAUAUUAAAUCCAAUCCCAGAUUGCCAGUUUGAGUUCUCUGGUGAUGAUGGGAUAAUACGUUCUAGCCAAAUAGAUCAAGAUGGAAAACUAAAACCUGGGCAAGCACUAGACUGUAUAUGGACUAUAAAAGCAACAACCAAAGCUAAAAUUUACUUGCGAUUUCUUGACUACCAGAUGGAACAUUCAAAUGAGUGCAAGCGAAACUUUGUUGCAGUUUAUGAUGGAAGUAGUGCUAUUGAGAACCUAAAGGCAAAGUUUUGCAGCACAGUGGCGAAUGAUGUGACAUUACAGACAGGCACUGGAGUUGUGCGAAUGUGGGCAGAUGAUGGAAGCCGUUUGAGCAGAUUUAGGAUGCUGUUUACCUCUUUUGUUGAUCCUCCCUGCACAGGCAACACGUUCUUUUGUCAUAGCAACAUGUGCAUCAAUAACUCUUUAGUCUGUAAUGGAGUUCAGAAUUGUGCAUACCCAUGGGAUGAAAAUCACUGCAAAGAAAAGAAGAAACCUGGUCUAUUUGAGCAGAUUACAAGGACCCAUGGAACAAUUAUUGGAAUUUCUUCUGGAGUGGUUCUGGUUCUUCUUAUUAUUUCCAUUCUGGUGCAAGUAAAACAACCACGCAAAAAGGUGAUGGCUCGGAAAGCAACAUUCAACAAGAGCGGUUUUCAGGAGGUGUUUGAUCCACCACAUUAUGAGCUGUUUUCAUUGCGAGACAAGGAAAUGUCUGCAGACCUGGCUGAUUUAUCCGAGGAGCUGGAGAAUUAUCAGAAAAUGAGACGCUCGUCCACUACAUCACGUUGCAUUCAUGACCAUCACUGUGGCUCACAGCCAUCGAGUGUAAAGCAAAGUCGGACCAAUUUAAGCUCUAUGGAGCUUCCAUUUCACAAUGAUUUCUCACAGCCCCAACCCAUGAAGACAUUCAACAGCACAUUUAAGAAGAGCUGUUACAGUUUCAAACAGUCACAUGACUGCCCAGAACAAGUGAUAGAAGACAGAGUAAUGGAAGAAAUUCCUUGUGAAAUUUACGUGCGGGGCCGUGAAGAUUCUGUUCAGGGUUCAGUGUCUAUGGAAUUUUGAACUCUUCUUCCCAAAGGCUAAACCAGCUUUCAUAUACUUUUUACUCGUGGGUUUUUUUUUUUUUUAUUUUCAUUUAAUUUGAAAGUCACAGUUAAAGGCACUUCUUGUUUAUCUCUUUUAUCUUUAUGAACUACUACAACACUCUUUGAGCUUUUAAGACUUUUUUUAAUGAAAAUGACAUUGAAAAGUAAGAAGAAUUUAUCUGUAUAUAGAAUUCUGUGCAAAAGCUCAGUUCAAUAAUUAUUUUAGUUUGUGACGUCUUACUGUUUCUUUCUAGCUGUUGUAGAAAAUGUAUAACAUUUGUCACAAAGUCUCCCCAGUUUUAAAAUAGAUGGUCUCAAACUGAAAUCUAGCUACAAACCUCAACUAUUAAUGGUUGACCGAAUGCACAAACAAGUGUGUCAGAACUGAAGAGAAUAGUUUAAGAAUACGUAUCACUUGAUUCUUUCUCUGUUCUUUCAGCUGCAAAUAUGAACUGAUUUUUUUGCUUGUUUUUACAUUCCUGCAUCUUCCUAUAGUGCCCCACGUUCACAACAGGUAUGCCAGGUGCUCCUUAAUCCCCUACAUUUUCUCCAGUGCUGUCUGGGGCUGGUUGUGGAACCUAGUGGCAUCCAGGGUGUCUUGGCUAAAACCCCUGUACUGUUUAUUUUCUGUUAUUCCCUACACAUUACACCUCACAGUGUGGCAGCAUGGUAUUGCUCAAGGGUAGGCAUGUAAUGGGGGCAUGUGGGGUAUCACCCCAUCUCCAUGACCAAUUAGUUGUGCCCACCACCCUUUCCCCUCUUUUUGAGCUACAGCCAUCAGUGCAGUAUCCCCAUCCUCUACCACGUGUCACCACAAGGAAUACCCACAUGCCCAUGCCUUCCCUGCUGAUCCAUCAGUCACCUAGCCAUUAAUUGAACCUAUGUUGACUGGGCUGUAGUCAGCGCUUUAUCCAUCAAUGCUACUGGAGAGGUUGCAAAUGUGAACUUUUACUUAAAUCAUGUGUAUCUCUUACCCCACCAUCAAUUCUAAUAACUGCUUCCUGUCAUGUGUAGUUAUCCUCAAGUCUUUGUCUCAGAGCAGACAUGGAAAGUCUAACCUUAUGGCCAUUACUUUGCAGGAAACAUAUACAUUCAACCACAGAUGAUUACGGAUAUGUACUUAUACUUUGGCAGGAUUUUAGAAAAGGGAGAAAUAAUAUACUGUCACUUUUGUCAUCACUUAACUGAAGAAUGUUAGCAGUGCUGACAUGUUUUAACCAACAUAUGCGAAUUUUAAAGGCAUGGGGUCAGAAGGGUGUUACAGUAAUCAGAAUUGUUGCCUCACAGUGUUUGGCUCUCCCAUUUCAUUCCUGGCUGUAGAGCCUUCUUUGAUGCUUCUUAUGAUCUCCAUGUUCCCCCUGGAGUCUCACCAGGGUCUCUGGUUUCCUUCUACAUUCCAAAGACAUGCCAGAAGGUGGAGAAGUGAUGCUAAAUUAACCUCAGAUAAGCAAAUCAAUGUGUCUGUGUGAGUAUGCGUGUCCUGAAAUGGACUGGCAUCAUGUCUGGGUCUGGUAUUUGGUUUAUACCCACUGCCUGACAGAGUAGGGUGUUGCCCUCUCUAGCAGAGAAUUGGAUAAAGCAGGUAUAAAAGAUGGAUGAAUGGAUGGAUGGAUGGGUGGAUGGAUGGAUGGAUGGAUGGAUGGAUGGAUUGAAACUCAGUCAUUCUAGACAUGACUUACAGCUGCAUUAUAUACGUUUUUACAUAAGUACCAUCAUUUCAAUUUGUCUCUGUAAGUGCUGAGACAGCAUGGCUGCUAUGUAAGUUAUAGAAUACUACAUACAGGCUCCUCAACUACCACAGAUCUGUACACAUAAUAAAAUAGGAGGACUUCAUUUAUUCCGUUACUUUGGAGCCUGGCCGCAGACUACAACAAACUGCAGUGUUGAACCUACAGGUGGCUUUUUAUGAUUUCUGCAACACUUCUUCAUUUUGUUGCAUAAUAGUAAGAGAACAUUUAUGCAUGCAUGAUUUAAAACUAUCACAAGAACUAAACUGAAGUAUCAAAACAUUUUAAGAAGCUGUACAGCUGUGUAUGUAGUCAAUUCAGGACCAGUAGUUUUAUUUUCAUGAGGUAAAUGUACAAGACUUUGCGCACAGAAUCUCUGUAACGUUUUCAACAAGUCCUCCAUAUAACAUGUGUAGCAGAAAUUUACGUGAUGAGAUGUUUUAUCUCAGCUUGUAAUAAUAGGAAUGGCAUGUAUAGCAACUUAUGAAUAAUCACAGAUAACUGUGUUCCAUUGACACUCAUGGAUAAAGUAAUGUAUUCUUGUUUUUUAUAAAUGUGAUAUGUUACUAUGCAGGCUGUUCAAAUGAAUUUCCAUAAAUAGAACACCGCUGUUGUACAUCCCCGUUGAGUCUGUUCUUCUGUAAUCAGAUAAGAAGAGCGAUUAGAAGCCGUUACAUUUACAGUGGGAGUGAAACAUGAAUAGGACUCCAUGUCUUACAAAUCAGCUUUAAAAAAAUCCCUUUUUUACACAAAGAUACACUUCUUCCUCAGCAAAAAUCAGUCUUCAAUCUAAAACUGGAUUUUCCUUCAUUUGUGUGGGCAAAUCAUGUUUUAAUGUUAUAUGGCAAAAACUGAUGAACUACAAAAAAUAUAUGAAUAAAAAAAUGCAGUCUGUUA